UCUUCAUACUAUAUUCCAGAAAAAUGACAUAUUCCAUAUAAAGCAUUAUUUAUUCAAUAUUCGAACUAGCGACACCAUAUUUUAGAUAAUCUUGACGGUAAAGCCAUCCCUUUAUCUAAAAACAGGGUUACAGCAGUAAUAUAGUAAAAUGCAAUUACCAAAGCACUUGAAGAUUGCAGGGGGUUGUUCAGCAGCCGCUAUAUUUGGAGUCCUCUUUGGUUGGGUGAUUUUUCCAACCAUUUUGAAAAGUCAACUUAAAAAGGAAAUGACUUUAUCAAAGAAAACAGAUGUAAGAAAAAUGUGGGAGAAAAUUCCUUUCGCGUUGGACUUCAAAGUGUACCUCUUCAAUUACACCAACCCAGACGAAGUACAUAAGGGCGCUUUACCAAUCGUGAAGGAAAUUGGUCCUUAUCAUUUUGAAGAAUGGAAAGAAAAAGUGGAAGUUGAGGAACACGAUGACACAGAUACUAUAGAUUACAAGAGACGGGAUACAUUUAUCUUCAACAAAAUGCUGUCAGGACCUGGCCUGACUGGUGAAGAGGUCAUUGUUCUACCUAACGUUUUUAUGAUGGGAAUUAUCUCAAAAGUUUAUAUUGAGAAGCCGGCAAUGCUCAAUAUGAUAGGCAAAGCCAUAAACAGCAUUUACGAUAACCCAACCAGCAUAUUCUCUUCCGUCAAUGUUAUGGAUCUGCUUUUCAGAGGAACUAUUAUAAAUUGCAAUCAAAAUGAAUUUGCACCGAAAGCUGUGUGCACAGCUUUAAAAAAGGAAGGUGCAGAUAAAUUAAUAUAUGAACCGAAUAACCAGUAUCGCUUCUCCCUGUUUGGAAAGCGCAAUGGGACCGUGGAUUCACAAGUUGUAACAGUUAAACGAGGAAUGAAGAACGUCAUGGAUGUGGGCAAAGUGGUAGCUCUUGAUGGAAAGACAGAACAGGACAUCUGGAGAGAUCAAUGCAAUGAACUCAUCGGCACAGAUGGUACCGUUUUCCCUCCAUUUCUAACAGAAUUCGAUAGACUGGAAUCCUUCUCUACUGAAUUAUGCAGAACUUUUAAGCCCUGGUACCAAAAGAAAACAUCCUACAAUGGAAUAAAGACGAAUCGAUAUAUUGCCAACAUUGGUGACUUAGCGAACGAUCCCGAACUACAAUGUUACUGUGACGAACCCAGCAGUUGCCCUCCCAAAGGUCUAAUGAAUAUGGCUAAGUGCAUGGGCGUGCAAAUGUUCGCUUCAUUGCCUCACUUUUACGGCUGUGAACAAAAUAUAAUAAACAACGUCAAAGGUCUAAAUCCAGAUGUCAAUGAACAUGAAAUAGUCAUCGAUUUCGAGCCAAUAACCGGUACACCAAUGGUUGCUAAACAAAGAGUACAACUCAGCAUGCAGCUUCUUAAGACUGAUAAAAUUGAACUUUGCAAAAAUCUGCCAGAUGUUAUAUCACCUCUUUUCUGGAUAGAAGAGGGAAUUGCCCUCAAUAAGACCUUCGUAAACAUGCUGAAGCAUCAGCUUUUCCUACCGAAGAGGAUCGUGGGUGUAGUGCGCUGGCUUCUAGUAUCCUCAGGACUGUUGGGGCUUCUGGCUUGUCUGGUAUUCCACUUCAAAGACAACAUAAUGCGUUUCGCUGUCUCGGAUCCAGUGGCAGCAACGAAAGUGAACCCAGAAGCGGAACAAAAAGAUAAUUCAAUUUUAGAACCGGCCAAAAUUGAAAUAUAAAUUAUUAAAUAUUUAUAUUACAAUGUAAUGCUUAUAUUACCAUAACUUAAGGUUAUAAUACUACUUCACAGAAUACUCUUAGUAGAUGUAACUUCACUUUGUAGUUUGCACAAUAUUUUUAAUUACUGAUCAAAUAUUUUUUGUAUAACUUUACAUAAAGUUAUACUGUUAUUAAUAAGGACAAAUUGUUUUUAUUUUAUUUUAAAUUAUAUUCAUAUAUCUGUACGUUACAAUCUGUAGAGCUGUGAAAUUUAAUUAAUAUAUCUGGACACUUUAAUUUUGGUCAAAUGAGUGUUAGAUUUUCACGUUUAUUAGUUAUAAUAAAGCAAUUCUUAUCA